UGAUUAGUUUUACUAAAACAAUGUAUUAAUUUUAUACCUUUAAAAAAAAACUUUUUUUUAAAAAGUUUUUAAAACUGAUUUAUUGUUAGUAACUAUUGUCAGAAAAUGUUGAGGCUUUAUCUUAUGUUUGUUUAUUUUUACUUUUGAUUACAAUUGCAUUAUGAGCUCUAGGUUUGUGAUAAAAUGAUAUGUAAUCUAGCAGAUAAGAUUAUGUAGGUGGAUAGUUAAUUGAAUGCGAAAAGAAUUGUUCUGUUUAAUUUCGAGUUCUAAUGCAUUUCAUUUGUUUUGAGAUUAGAUUUACUUAAUUCCACAUCAAUUUAACUUAAAUUAUUUGCCUUUACAAAUGUCUUCAAAGGCUGAAAAUGAAAAUCUUUUAUCUUUAGAAUUAAUAAAAGGCGUGGACAAAAAUGGAAUAUCAUUUACAGCUUAUGUAUUAUGCAAUGCUACUCAGAAAUUAAUUCUUCAAUCUCAAAGCUCAGUUGAUUUAACUGGGUUUGAGAUAGUUUAUAAAAAAAUUGGUGAUCUCACUGAUCAGGAACAUCAAGAUGUCUUAGAAUAUUUUGAAAAAUCCUACCUGAAAGCACCCUUAAAUAAAAAUACUACAAAAAAUGAAUAAUUAUAUAGUAAAGAAAUAGAAGUUUUAUUUAUUUUAUUUACUGAAAUGUGAUUCUCAGUCAUAUUACUUAGCCAGCAUUACUUCUAAUUAAUUACUAUUAUCAUUUAAAAAAAGAAAAAUUGUGUUAUUUUUCUGUAAUAUCCCUAUUAAGAUGAAACUAAUUUUGAUACUGACACUGAUAAGUAUCGUUGGGGUUUACAAGUGUGCUUCACUUGCCUCUCUAAAAUUUGGAGUACUGGCUGAUUGGGGUGGACUGCCAAUAUUCCCUUACAAAACAUUUGUUGAAUUGUCUGUUGGACGAGAAAUGGAUUACUUUGCCAGUAUAUUUGGAAUGGAUGCUAUAUUAGCUUUAGGAGAUAAUUUUUAUUUUGAUGGAGUGAAAGAUGUUGCUGAUCCAAGAUUUAAGGAAACAUUUGAAUUAGCAUUCAACUAUAAGUCUCUUCACAUUCCUUGGCUAGUAAUUGCGGGUAAUCAUGAUCAUUACGGAAAUGUUUCAGCACAAUUAGCUUAUUCUGCUCUGUCCGAUCGAUGGUAUUUUCCUCAUUUAUAUUAUAUGAAGAGAUUUCUUAUACCAUACUCUAAUAUUACCAUGGAGUUAAUCAUGAUUGACACAGUUAUUUUGUGUGGAAACACAGAUCCAGAGUAUCCAGAGAAACAACCUGUUCUUGAUUCAUUUGGCUAUGAAAGAAAUAAGCAUUGGCUGUGGUUAGAGGAGACUUUAAAAACAUCAAAAUCAAACUAUCUUCUUGUUGCUGGCCACUAUCCUGUUUAUUCCAUUGGGACACAUGGGCCAACCGAUUGUUUAGUUAGUAAUCUUAAACCUCUUCUUGAAAAAUACAAUGUUACAGUUUAUUUGAGUGGUCAUGAUCAUAAUAUCCAACACAUUCAAGUAAAAAAUGGUGGAAAAGUGAUGGAUUACGUCGUAACUGGAAGUGCUAACUUCAUCGAUCCCUCCAGAAAGAAUCUGCAUAAAAUCCCACCCAAUAGUUUACAGUUUCAUUGGGGAGAUCCUUUCUCUUUAGGAGCAUUUACUUACAUCGAUGCAACUCCUUCAACUGUGAAUAUAUCAUUUUAUCUUACAUCUGGAAAACUCCUUCAUAGCUUUACCAAAGAACCUAGAUGGACAUGAUUUUGCUCAAUUUUAAACAUUGUUUAAAUGCACAUCAUAAUUCUAAGAAACAAGCUGGAUGCUAUUUUAACCAGUGAUAUUUUCUUAAAUUCAAAUAAUAUCUAAAUGCACAAUUACUUUACUUAAUUUUUUUAAAUUGUUCAGAACAUUGUAUUAUAUACGUAUAUAGAUAUAUUUUUUAAAUAAUUCUGAGUUUCAUUGUACAAUUUAUACCUUUUUUAAAGAAUUAAUAAAUAAAAUUUUGAUUCUA